GCGGGAUUUGUGUUCCUCCAUCACUCCCAUGCGUCUUUCUCUCUCUUCGUGCAAUCCACUCCACCUCCAUCAUCAUCUACAUUCCUCAAUUGAUCUCACUUUUUUUCUCAAACCCUAAUUUUCGAAUUUCUCCACCAAAUUUUCGCAUUUUCGAGGUUGAAUUUCUAUUCAAUUUUUCUUGUCUUAUCUACUGUUGAGAAAUUUACACUAAAGUUUUAUAACAUUGAUCUGAAACUUCGCGAUCAGAUCUGAGCGUCAUUGAAUCAGAGAUUUCCGAUUAAAGACUGUCAAAAAAACAAAAAUUAUUUCUUGAUUGAUUGAUUGAUUUUUGUUUUUUCGUGUUCAGUGCCACAACUUGAAAAUUGAAAUUCAAGGACCAAUUUUUAUCUGAUAUAAUCCACACGAAUUUCACAAUUCUCGAGGCGAAUUGUUUAGGGUUUUUCGCCAUUCAUUUGUGUGUAAUUUUCCUUUUGGAUCGACUCGUUUCAUCUUUUACCUCACUACAUCGAGCUUGCUUGAUUAUGGUAGAUUGUUUGAUGUAUUUUAUCGAUUAAACUUUGGAGAAGUUGUCAAUUAGGUUAGGGAAGCUCGGAAUCAUUAGCUACUUCUACUUCUUGAAUCAGAAUUUGGAGGGGAGGAAGGGGGAAUAGAGAGAUUUUAAUGUUGGUUUGGAUGAUCUCCGUUUAUUAGCUGGUAGAAGUUGUGGUUUUGCUAGUGUUACUACAAUGUGCAUGUUGGAGAGUUCUUUAUGACUUCUGGCGGUGAGCCAUUACUUAAAUCAUCAGAACCCUCUUUACAUACAGUGCCCAGACAUCGUUCUACAGCUAGUAAUUUGGGCUCUCUGUUUGCAGAUGCCUCAUUCUCAUCUUCCACACAUGUGGCAGAAUCUGACAUCUUUGACGUGAAAGAGGACGAGGGGACUACUAUCAUCAUUGACGAUAGUUUUGCUAAGAGGGCGGUGGAGAGGCCCUCUACACCUGGCUCUAGAAAUAAACGUUUCUAUUCCGUAGGCUCUCAUUUCCUUGAUCCGUCCCCUUUGCAACACCCCACACGGGACCGCAAACGCCUUGUGUCGUGGGGUGGAAUGGAACAAGGAAGUCAUCCAGCUAGUUUUGAGAUAUCUGGUACUACAUCGAGGGUGCAGGAGAAAUUGAAAAAGUCUCAGGGUCUUUACUAUAAGAGUGGGCCGUUGGAAGAUAAUAUUUUCCGGGAUCAAAGUCCGAGAUUAGUUUAUAUUGAUGAUCCAAAGAGGACAAACGAUAAGUACGAAUUCUGUAGUAAUGAGAUCCGUACUAGCAAAUACACAUUGCUCAAUUUCUUGCCCAAGAAUCUUUUCAUUCAGUUCCACCGGGUUGCUUAUCUGUAUUUCCUAGCCAUAGCUGCUCUCAACCAGCUUCCUCCACUUGCGGUUUUUGGAAGGACAGUGUCUCUUUUUCCUCUCCUGUUUGUGCUUAGUGUAACUGCCAUAAAAGAUGGUUAUGAAGACUGGCGGAGACACAGGUCAGACAAGAAAGAGAAUAACAGGGAGGCUCCUGUGCUUCAAUUAGGACGUUUCGAGAUGAAGAAGUGGAAGGAUAUCCAGGCUGGUGAAAUUGUGAAGAUAUAUGCUGAUGAGACAAUCCCUUGUGAUAUCGUACUGCUGGGAACGAGUGAUCCUAGUGGUAUUGCCUACAUCCAGACAAUGAAUUUGGAUGGUGAGUCUAACUUGAAGACCAGGUACGCGAGACAAGAAACAGCAUCAGUUGUUGUGGAUGGAGGGAUCGUUGUUGGGCUGGUCAGAUGUGAACAACCAAACAGGAAUAUCUAUGAGUUCACUGCCAAUAUGGAUUUCCAAGGGCAUAAGUUUCCGCUCAGUCAAUCAAACAUCAUUUUGCGUGGCUGUCAGCUUAAAAACACAGAAUGGGUGAUUGGUGUUGUGGUAUACACGGGUCAGGAAACUAAAGCAAUGUUGAAUAGUGCAGCUUCUCCUGCUAAGAGAAGCAAACUGGAAAGUCAUAUGAACCGGGAAACUCUAUGGUUGUCGGUUUUUCUUCUUAUUAUGUGUUCAGUUGUGGCCCUUGGUAUGGGCCUGUGGCUUCAGCGCCACAACGAGCAGCUUGACACAUUGCCGUACUAUCGGAAAAGAUAUUUUACAAGGCGAAAGGAAGGAAAAACUUACAAAUAUUAUGGGAUUCCUAUGGAGACGUUCUUUGCUUUCUUGAGUUCCAUUAUAGUCUUUCAGAUAAUGAUACCAAUCUCACUUUAUAUCACGAUGGAACUGGUUCGGUUAGGUCAAUCUUAUUUUAUGAUUGGAGACAAGCAUAUGUAUGACAGCACUAGUGACUCAAGGUUUCAAUGUAGAUCCCUCAACAUAAAUGAGGACUUGGGUCAGAUACGCUAUAUAUUUUCUGAUAAGACCGGGACACUUACUCAGAACAAAAUGGAAUUCAGAACAGCUAGUAUCCAUGGAAAGAUGUAUGGUUCUUUGUCUUUUGCUGGUGCACCUUCACCAGGCCAGAGCCUUUCGGGGUUCGCUGGAGUACCGUAUGUGCCACGAAAGAGAUGGAAACUGAAAUCUGAAAUUGAUGUUGAUUUUGAACUGAUGGAACUGUUGCAUAAAGGAUCAGGAGGAGAUGACAGAAAUGCAGCUCAUGAUUUUUUCUUGACAUUGGCUGCAUGUAACACGGUGAUUCCUAUGUUCAAUCAAGGUGUUUCUCUGGAGCAUGCAGAAGAUGAUGUUGAAGUGGAUGCCAAAGCAAUUAAUUACCAGGGUGAAUCACCUGAUGAGCAAGCCCUUGUUGCUGCUGCUUCUGCUUAUGCAUAUACCCUUUUUGAGCGAACUUCUGGGCACAUUGUGAUUGACAUUGAUGGGGAGAAGCUCAGGUUGGAUGUGUUGGGUCUGCAUGAAUUUGAUAGUGUUCGGAAAAGGAUGUCAGUUGUAAUUAGGUUUCCUGACGAUUCUGUCAAAGUAUUAGUAAAAGGUGCUGACACUUCUAUGUUCUCUAUCUUGGGCAAAGGAAUGGACACGGAUGAUCAUGUCCAAGCAGCUACUCAAGCUCAUCUUGUAGAAUAUUCUUCUCUUGGUUUGCGUACAUUAGUUCUGGCUGCACGAGAUCUAACAGAUGAAGAACUUGAGGAGUGGCAGCAGAAGUAUGAGGAUGCCAGCACGUCUUUGACUGAUAGAUCUGCAAAACUACGCCAAACGGCAUCUUUAAUUGAGCGUGACUUGAAAUUACUUGGGGCUACUGGUAUUGAGGAUAAAUUGCAAGAUGGUGUACCUGAAGCUAUUGAGUCACUCAGGCAGGCAGGAAUUAAGGUUUGGGUUUUAACUGGUGAUAAGCAGGAGACUGCAAUCUCCAUUGGACUUUCCUGCAGACUCUUGACCACUGAUAUGCAGCAAAUCAUCAUCAAUGGGACUUCGGAAGAGGAGUGCAGAAAUUUGUUAGCUGAGGCAAAAUCCAAGUACUUCGUUACAUCAGCAGGUUUUGGGGAUCAGAGCUUGAAACGGAGAAAAGAUGCUGCAAAUGGUUAUCUCGAGAUCCCCUAUGAUUCAAAUAACGUGGAUUCAGUGUCUUGGAACCCAGGGAAGGAGGAUGAACUGACAAAUUCUUCUUUGGCGCUAAUAAUUGAUGGGAAUAGCUUGGUGUACAUUCUUGAGAAAGAUCUCGAGUCACAGCUUUUUGAGCUUGCAAUUGCUUGUCAAGUUGUGGUUUGCUGUCGUGUUGCACCCUUGCAGAAGGCUGGAAUUGUUGACUUAAUCAAGAGUCGAACUGAUGAUUUGACAUUGGCUAUUGGUGAUGGUGCGAAUGAUGUGUCAAUGAUCCAAAUGGCGGAUGUUGGGGUUGGAAUUUGUGGUCAGGAAGGACGCCAAGCAGUGAUGGCAUCUGAUUUUGCUAUGGGACAAUUUCGAUUUUUGAAAAGAUUAUUACUGGUGCAUGGACAUUGGAACUAUCAGCGUGUUGGUUAUCUGGUCCUUUACAACUUCUACAGAAAUGCAGUCUUUGUACUUAUGCUGUUCUGGUAUAUAUUGUGCACAGCUUUUUCAACAACUCAGGCGUUGACUGAUUGGAGUAGUGUGUUCUAUUCUGUUAUUUACACUUCCGUGCCUACUAUCGUUGUUGGAAUUCUGGACAAGGACUUGAGUCAUAAGACAUUGCUCGAGCAUCCAAAGCUCUAUGGUGCUGGGCACAGACAAGAGAGCUAUAAUUUACAGCUUUUCUGGAUAACAAUGCUGGACACCUUAUGGCAGAGUCUUGUCCUGUUUUAUGUCCCUCUAUAUACAUACUUCGAGAGCACCCUUGAUAUAUGGAGUUUGGGCAGUUUGUGGACUAUUUCUGUUGUAAUUCUUGUGAAUAUGCACCUGGCGAUGGACAUUCAGCGCUGGAUAUUUAUUACUCAUGCUGCUGUAUGGGGAUCAAUAAUCAUUACUUAUGCAUGUGUGGUGGUUUUGGAUUCUAUCCCUGUUUUUCCGAACUACUGGACAUUUUAUCAUCUUGCAGUUACUCCUACCUAUUGGCUAACCAUUGUCCUUAUACUAAUAGUGGCAUUGCUUCCCCGCUUUCUUUGCAAAGCUGUGUACCAAAUGUUUUGGCCUUCAGAUAUUCAGAUAGCUAGGGAAGCUGAGAAAAUGAGAAAGCAGAAAAAGUUGGAUGCAAAAUCGGAACAUGCCAGUUGAUGUGUAUAAUGCUCACACUGGCGCUGAUUUUUCGAGUAGGUUUCCUGAUUCUGCACCACGUCUAUCUAUGGGUCUCAGUCCUCAAAUUCCACCAGUCGAUAUUUGGCCCUGUUGUGUUGGUGUAUAGAUCAAUGUCCUGACACACCACGGUCUCAGUUCCGGAUAAAUCACUUACACAAGCAGCAAAUGAGGAUGUGGGGAAGAUCUGGAGGACGUAGAACAUAAGCACAAUUUAUCUAGUGAGAGAUUUUCUUGUAGAAGAAAUGAAGAAUCGAGGCACAAUUGUAGCAAAUGCAUUCGAGCGAAGAGCAAGAGUUAAUUUGUAUCUAAUCGACAUAAAUCAGUACAGGAUCAGUGGCAGGAUUUGGUUGCCAAGGGGUUUGUUCAGAAGAAAAACCCGUAGAUAGGAAAGAAAUCGUAUAGUACAUAAAAAAAGUAGUUUCAUGUAAAGAUCAGGUUUGUCAAUCUACUUACUGUUACAAAAUGCAAUGAGAAAGAGCCUUUGGAAAUCAAA